AUGGACAAAUUCCGGAUGAUCUUCCAGUUCCUGCAGUCCAACCAGGAGUCGUUCAUGAACGGCAUCUGCGGGAUCAUGGCCCUCGCCAGCGCCCAGAUGUACUCAGCCUUCGACUUCAGCUGCCCCUGCCUGCCGCGCUACAACCUGGCCUACGGGCUGGGCGUCCUCCUGGUGCCCCCCGUCAUCCUCUUCCUGCUGGGCUUCGUGAUGAACAACAACGUGUCCGUGCUGGCGGAGGAGUGGACGCGGCCGCGGGGCCGGAGGCGGAAGGACCAGGCCGUGCUGCGCUACAUGUUCUGCUCGGUGGCGCAGCGGGCCCUGGUCGCCCCGGCCGUCUGGGUCUCGGUGACGCUGCUGGACGGCAAGUGCGUGCUGUGCGCCUUCUGCACGGCGCUGCCCGCGGAGGCGCUGGGCAACGGCAGCCGCCCCGGCCUCUCCGACGGGGAGCUGCGGCGCCUGCUGGCGCGGAUCCCCUGCCGGGAGCUCGUCGCCGGGCAGGAGCUCGUCGCCGGCGAAGCGGCGGUCAGGUACCUGCGCUGCGUCUCGCAGGCGCUGGGCUGGUGCUUCGUGCUGCUGGUGACCCUGCUGGCCUUCCUGGUGAGAGCGCUGCGGCCCUGCUUCAGCCAGGCCGCCUUCCUGAGGAGCCGGUACUGGUCCCACUACAGCGACGUCGAGCGCCGGCUCUUCGACGAGGCCUGCCGGGAGCACGCGCGGACCUUCGCCCGCCUCUGCAUCCAGCAGUUCUUCGCCGGCGUGAGCGAGGAGCUGGCGGCCGGGGGCUGCCCGCCGCCCGCCGCCGAGAAGCUGCUGGGCCUCGCCGACCGGGGCGCCGUGGACGUCGCCCUGCGGCGCUGGCACGAGCGCAAGCCGCCGCUGCGCCUGCGCCCGGCCGCCGAGCCGAGCGCUGCCGGCAGCGGGGCCGGCGGCGGGGAGCCCCGCGGCGAGGCGGCCGCCUACUGCAGCCUCGUGUGA